ACAACAUUGACAGAAUUAUAGGAUUAUGAUUAUCGUGUAUGGUUUUUGUGUAUGAAAAUUCAGAGUGCUUGAAAAAUAAAUUAUAUUGAUUUUCCUUUGUAGUACAUUGUCAGAGAAAUAUUUUUAAUGGCGUAUAUAUAGUUUUUGGAGACAAUAUGAAAGUGUAGUUGGAAGUUUGACAAUGUGACGUAAUAUGAAAAACACAGACUAUGAAAAGGAGGAUUUUUGUAAGAUACAAAACACUGAGAUGGCUAAAGAAAAAACUCCCGUAUCAAAACCUGACCAAAAUGUUGACAAAGAAAGAAGUAUUGAAGAUGGAGUAAAAAACUGUGUGGCUAGUGUCUCAGUUACAGAUAAUAACAUGAUUAGGGACAUUCAGGAGAGAAAAAGUGGAUGUUCCAAAAUAGGUAAUCUUAGCUCAGGUGAGAAACCAGAACCAAGGUUUCAAGAAGGAAGCAGGAAAAAAGACCAAACCCAAUCAAAAACUAGUUGGCGGAGCCAGAGCUUUACUGAACAUGGAUUUCAUAGGAAGAGGCCACAAUUAUCUGUAAGUGAUCUACCUCGGAAACCUUCUCACUUGACUCGUAGUCCAAGUGGUGGUUUUGGAUUUCAAAGAAAAGGACUAUCCACCCAUUCAAGCUCGUCUUCUCACUCCUCUGGAGAGGCAAGGUUUUCAAUAUCAAGUUAUCGUCCUCGGCUACAUUCAGACUCCUUCCCUGAACAAGGUUGUCUUCUCCCUCGUGGCCUUAAAGAUCAACAUGCAGCACACAGGUGUGGUUGGUCAGAAUCAGAUAGUGGUUCUGGUGUUUCUCCAGCAGAGGGCCAGACUAGCCCUGGCUUCCAUGAUGAAGGAGCUGUUGUACCUUCUUCAGUUUGUACAUUUGAUCUAAGCAAAAAAUCAGAUAAAGUUUCAAAGAUGCAGAAAAGGAAAGAAUCAAAGUUUGAAGUCUUUGUUCCCUUGUGUGAUGUUCAACAGAGUUUAAAGAAAGGAGAAGUCAUUGAGGGAGUGCUGAAAAUGAAUCCGAAGGACUACAAAGACUCUUACAUUAGUGCACCAAUUAUCCUUGGACGCUCAGAUGGACAUUUAUAUUGGAGACACAAAUGAUGAAAGUGCUUUUUUGUAGCUGAAUAAUUUAUUCAGUGUCACAUGGAAAAAAAACAGGGUUCAGACAUUUGUGAGGACCUCGGUAGCUACUAAGUGUUAAAAACCUCACUGCAUAGUUUCUACUCUUCCACCUACUUCAGACAGAAAAUAUAUUGGAAAAUUAACACUUGCAAUGAGGACCUUUAACAAUAGACUUGGUGUUUAGAAGGAAACAGCAUGUUGUUUCUCUUUAUUGCUUUCCUACCUGGAUUUUCUUUCAGGAGUUUAAUUUUAAGCUUAUUUAACAAAACAGUUGGUUUAGGUAUUCAUGACAACUGGAAUAAGUUUUUUCAUUGCAACAACAGAUUUAUGUAAGAACAAAAAAUUAUCACAGAUUGAUAGACAUUGGACAUUAUACUAUUUAGGUAUUUUUAGUUUUCAUAUAAGUUAUUUUUAGUAUUUUAGGUAUUUUUUUACACAACAGUCAUCUUUUACAUUAGCUAUACUAUAUAUCUUAAUGUUCCUUUCUUGAGGUUUAAGGCUUAAUUUUUUGUUUUUACUAAUUAGCUGCUUUCUAAGACCAAACAUUCUUUCACAUUUCACUCUAUAAUUUAUAUAUAUUUUUUCACAUCUAGCCAAUUCUAAACUAAAGUUUGCCUCAUGCAUCUUAGUAAUUUGUUUGUACUGUAUGACAGGUAGUUGUACUACAGGGCUAAACCCUCUUUUUCUAUCAUAGUAGUUUCCUUUAUCUCACAUAGUCAGCUAUAUUCCAUGACUAAAAUGAACCUGAUUAUUCUAACCUUGGAGCUUGUACUACUAUAUAGCAAUAUGUGUAUUAGGGCUAAGACUUGCUUCUUCUAACUCAUUUUCUGAUAUGAUUUCACAGUUAGGGCUAAAGCCUGCUUCUAAUUCAACAGUUUGAACUAUUUCAUGGCAACCUGUACUCAAAGGCUCAAAUCUGCUUCAUCUACAAAAUUAAUUUGUGCCAUUUCUUAGCUGGCUGUCCUCUAGGGCUAAAACAUACCUCCCACAUUAUUAGUAUAUACCAUUUCAUAAGUAGCUGUAUUGUUUGAAUCCUGCUUCUUCUGUCUCAUUAGUUUGUGGUAUUUUGUAGCAUAAUGUGUAUUAGAGAUAAAAAUUGCUUCUUUCAGCUCAUUAGUUUUUACUGUUUGAUAGCCAGUUGUACUCUUAAAACCUUCUCCUCGCUCAGUACUUGGUACUUUUUCAUAGCAAGCUGGAGGUUUUUUGAAAACUUAGAUUUCCAAGUGUACCAUAUUCAGGAGCGAAACAGCAAGUUUUUCUAGUUUUGUUGUUGUACUCUAGGAUUAAGAACUUGUCAAUUCUUCUAGGUGCAACUGUUUUAUAGCAAGCUAUAGUCUUGAUCUGAGAUAUUUUUGUUUUUCAAUAACUGAUACUGUUUUGUAGCAGAGUUUAUCAUAGUGUCAACCAUUUCUUCUUUCUUAGUAACUGCUAAUAUUUUUUAGCAAACUAGCUUAAUACAAAUCCUUUCUUCUGUCUCAGUAGGUGGCACUGUUUCAUAAUGUAUACAAACACAAGGAAUAUAUAAAAGAAAUCACAAAAGAUGCAAGACAAAGUUUAAAAAAGAAAA